UAUUAAAAGACUACUGUACUUUUAUUUAAAGGUACAUUUGUGGAUCAGUAAAAAAAUAAUUUAGGGUGUUGAUUCUAGAUUCAACCUCACAUUUCAUUCCAGCUUUGGCCUGUAGUUCAUUUCAAGUCCUUAGCCACCAAUCUCCCACUCCUUUCUCCAGGCCUUCUUCCCAUAACAGCAUCAGGCAAGUGCCUGUGUCCUCCCACAGGUGCAUCACUUCAAGGGAUUCAGUCACAGCUUCCUGGCUGGCCACAGGGGUCAGAGUUUGGUCUAUAAUACCUACAGAAAUGAAUCCACUUAGUAAAGUCCCAGAGAGGAGGAAGGGGAGAUAGGGUAAGGAACAGACACUAAAUGUGCAUAUGUAUGUUGGGUGGGUCUUCCCCAGGGCAGCUGAAGGCAUGGGGGUCUGAGGUACAGCCUGGUGGUGUGGAUCCCAAUGGCACCAACAAGUUCCCCUGGUUCACCUUAGCACUGGUUAGGGGGGGCCCUAGAGUAAGCAACAGAACCCAAAAUCCAGAAACAGCACUUACAUAAAGACAAAAACAUGUGGCAAAAGUGACCUCAAUUAAAAGCUGAAGUUUGAGGUACCCAACAAUGGUGAAGACAAAAAAGAAAAUCCCACACUGUUUUGUGCCCUGUGUCCCUGUCUUGACACCAGCAGACACCCAGCCCCCACUUGAAGGCAGACAUUUGGGCUCCAGAUGUCCUGCAUUUCCAAGCCAGAAUCCCCUCAGCACUCAGCUAGCACAGUACUCUCUGGGGGCCCAGGUUGAGGGUAGCAAAGGUCUUCUCCCAUGUUAAAGGGUGGAGAUGGACAGGUGGCCACUGCCCCUCCCCCAACCUAGAAACAACCCUCUAUACCACGGAGAAACGUGGCAACUGUCCCAACCUACCCCAAACUGGAAGCCUGGAGUAAACAGCUGGCAAUGGGCCAGGCACUGCUGGGGACAACAGGGGAUACUGAGUCGGGAACAAAAACACAGGAGGAGGCUCAUGCCAGAGACUCCACCAUCCUGUUUCUGGGUACCAUGCUGCGGGAAGAUUUCUCCCCCCUAAAAUCCUUUCUCUGGAAUCUUGACAUUACAGAGGAUUCUCAGUACUGAGAGGAUUCUCGUCUUCCUCUCCUUCUCGCACAAGGAGGCCUCCCUAAGACAGUGGCGGGGCCGGGGAACUUGUCCAGGCGCAGCAGUCAGGCCGAGGCGCGCGGCUUCAGGCCUCCGGCUCUCGGGGAUGUGCAGGCCCACGGAGGACUGGCCCCGGAAGGUCCUAGGAUCUUCCCUCUCCUCCGAGCCCUAGAGAGCUGACUGCCGAAGGGAGAGAAGAGAAAAGGCAAGGCAAGCGGCCUCAGGAGGCACCAUGUUUCGCAAGAAGAAGAAGAAACGUCCUGAGAUCUCAGCCCCACAGAACUUCCAGCACCGCCUCCACACCUCCUUUGACCCCAAGGAGGGCAAGUUCGUGGGCCUCCCCCCACAAUGGCAGAACAUCUUGGAUACCCUGCGGCGCCCCAAACCUGUGGUGGACCCUUCCCGAAUCACACGGGUGCAGCUGCAGCCCAUGAAGACGGUGGUACGGGGCAGCUCAGUGCCCACGGAGGGGUACAUCUCAGGGCUGCUCAAUGACAUCCAGAAGCUGUCAGUCAUCAGCUCCAACACCCUGCGUGGCCGUAGCCCCACCAGCCGACGGCGGGCACAGUCCCUGGGGCUGCUAGGGGAUGAGCACUGGGUGACUGACCCAGACAUGUACCUCCAGAGCCCUCAGUCUGAGCGCACUGACCCCCACGGCCUCUACCUCAGCUGCAACGGGGGCACAUCAGCAGGUCACAGGCAGAUGCCAUGGCCUGAACCACAGAGCCCACAGGCCUUGCCCAAUGGGCUGGCUGCCAAGGCACAGUCCUUGGGCCCUGCUGAGUUCCAGGGUGCCUCGCAGCGCUGCCUGCAGCUGGGUGCCUGUCUGCAGAGUUCCCCACCAGGCACCUCACCUCCCAUGGCCACAGGGAGGCGUGGGAUAAAGGCUGCCAAGCAAGGCUCAGAGGAAGUCCGGCCACAGUCCUGCCUGGUGGGCUCAGCCACCGGCAGGCCAGGUGGGGAAGGCAGCCCUAGCCCUAAAAGCCAGGAGAGUAGCCUCAAGCACCGGCUAUUCCGAAGCAUGUUCCUGUCCACUCCUGCUACGGGCCCAGCAAGCAGCAGCAAGCCAGUCCUUCCACCACAGAGCAAGCCCAACUCUGCUUUCCGACCACCACAGAAAGAUUCACCCUCAAGCCUGGUGGCCAAGGCCCAGUCCUUGCCCUCAGACCAGCCCACGGGGACCUUCAGCCCUCUGACCACCUCAGAUACCAGCAGCCCCCAGAAGUCCCUCCGCACAGCCCCAGCUGCAGGCCCACUUCCAGGCCGGUCUUCCCCGGUGGGCUCCCCCCGCACUCGGCAUGCUCAGAUCAGCACCAGCAAUCUGUACCUGCCCCAGGACCCCACCGUGGCCAAGGGUGCCCUGGCCAGUGAGGACACAGGCAUUGUGACUCAUGAGCAGUUCAAGGCUGCACUCAGGAUGGUGGUAGACCAGGGUGAUCCCCGGCUGCUGCUGGACAGCUAUGUGAAGAUUGGGGAGGGCUCCACAGGCAUUGUGUGCCUGGCCCGGGAAAAGCACUCUGGCCGCCAGGUGGCUGUCAAGAUGAUGGACCUCAGGAAGCAGCAGCGCAGGGAGCUGCUCUUUAAUGAGGUGGUGAUCAUGCGGGACUACCAGCAUCUCAAUGUGGUGGAAAUGUACAAGAGUUACCUGGUGGGUGAGGAGCUGUGGGUGCUGAUGGAGUUCCUGCAGGGCGGAGCCCUCACAGACAUCAUAUCCCAAGUCAGGCUGAAUGAGGAGCAGAUUGCCACUGUGUGUGAGGCUGUGCUUCAGGCCUUGGCUUACCUGCAUGCCCAGGGUGUCAUCCACCGGGACAUCAAGAGUGACUCCAUCCUGCUGACCCUUGAUGGCAGGGUGAAGCUCUCAGACUUUGGAUUCUGUGCUCAAAUCAGUAAAGAUGUCCCGAAGAGAAAGUCUCUGGUGGGAACCCCAUAUUGGAUGGCUCCUGAAGUGAUCUCCAGGUCUCUGUAUGCUACUGAGGUGGAUAUCUGGUCUCUGGGCAUCAUGGUGAUUGAGAUGGUAGAUGGAGAACCUCCCUAUUUCAGCGACUCUCCAGUGCAAGCCAUGAAAAGGCUCCGGGACAGCCCCCCACCCAAGCUGAAAAAUUCUUACAAGGUCUCCCCAGUACUGCGAGACUUCCUGGAGCGGAUGCUGGUGCGAGAACCCCAAGAGAGAGCCACAGCCCAGGAGCUCCUGGAUCACCCCUUUCUGCUGCAGACAGGGCUGCCCGAGUGCUUGGUGCCUCUGAUCCAGCUCUACCGCAAGCAGACCUCUACCUGCUGAGCCCACACCCAGGGUGCACCUACCGCCUGUGCCGACAGGCAGGGGACAAUGGGCAGCAGCCCUCUGGCAGGGCCUACCUGCCUAGUUCUCUCAGUAUUCUCUCCAAAGAUUGAAUGUGAAAUUCUACCCCUACCUUCUUGCCCUUUUGCCCACUGGGCCAGGCCGGACCUGCCCCCUCAGUCUCUCUCCUUUCCCAGAGAGUCCCAGUUGCCUUUGGGAUGACAACAGCCCCUUCUGCAGGAUGGCCCUUUGUUAUUUGCACAGGGAUGUUUCUAAGAAACAUGGAGAGUGGUGCUCCUGGCCACUGGCCAGCAUAGCUGACAGGCUGCUGCAUUUUUAAAGGCAGUUGUUCACUAGUGUCCUGGGCCACCACAUGGCCCAUCUUCACAUGGAUACUUGCUAUUCACUUCAAACCUUGGAGUCCCAGAGGGUCAUGGGGAAGGGUUUUAUUGCCUUCUUCCUCCCUUGGUCUGACUUCCUGAAGCCUCACCUGCACCUGUUUCCUGUCCCCUGGCACAGCCUGUCCCCAGAAAGCCUUCACAGAACUGUGAAUUGCCUGUGCAUAGGCUGUGGGAGCAGCAAGGGGAUAUUCUGAAUAAGAGAGUGGGGUUGGUAAGAAGUGGCCCCACUUUCCUGGCUAGAGAGAAUAUCGUGUGAGAGUGUGUGUGUGUGUAUGCGCACACGCGUAUAAGUCAGGAAGGUCACGCAAGGUCCUUUUAGUUAACCACAAUGAGCUUCGGAAGGCCUGCUCACCCCAUCCUCUCUUCUGCCAAGCUCCACUCUGAAGGGACCUGCUUUCUUGGCCUGGCUUUCUGCCUCUCAAGUCUCAUGUUUCUACCCAAACAGUGAAGAGGUGUGUGUGUGUGUGUGUGUGUGUGUGUGUGUGUGUGUGUGGUCUUAACACAUGCAGGGGGCUCUUUAAGUUUCUGAGUUUCUCCCAUACUGAGACAGGAAAAGUAAGGGGCUAAUUUUGUUUUACUUGUCAGCAACUUCUCAGUAGCCAGAUCAUCAGGGACCCUCCUCUUCAGACCCUUGAACUGGGACAGAAGGUGAACCACCUCCUGGGGGUCCCUCAUGCCAAGGGGAUGGGCACCUCCUUUGUGUGAAACUGAUGGCCCAGCUGCCUCCACAGAUACCUGCCUCCUUAUCUGUCCUCCCUCCCUCCCUCCCUCCCUCCCUGGCUGUUGUGAGACAGGGAAUGCCAGGGAAGAACUCCAGCAUCUGGACCCUAUCCAGAUAAUAUUUUUAAAUUCCUCUGCUCCCUCAUGGCCUGCAUUAGGGCAAAGAAAUUGCAAGGUCUUUUUGUAAGGGUCAGAGUUUUAAAAACAAAAGCAUCUUCCCUUGAAAAUUUUGUGAAUUGUUUGCACUUGUGCCUGUUUUAAAUUAAACUGAAUGUUCAAACCUCCA